AUGUUACUUCUCUUCUUGUGUCCAUCAGUUGAACUGACUUGUGUUGUUAGUGCAUGGAUGCACAGUGUGUGCGCCGUCUUUCACACCAAUCAUGCAGGCGCUGGAAAGUCACCAGAGCUGCGCACACUUUUUUUCCGACUAGUCACGCUGCUCAAGCUACCCUUGCAUGCUGUGUUUGUCUUUGAUGGCCUGCAGCGCCUACCAGACAAAGGUCGAAAGGCCAGAAGCAGCCCCCACUGGCUUACGCAUGACUUCCAGCGCAUGCUGGAGCUGUUUGGCUUUCACUGGACACAGGCUCCAAGUGAAGGUGAAGCCAAGCUCGCGGCCAUGAAUGCCCAUGGUGUCAUUGAUGCUGUGAUGACCGAGGAUAGCGAUAUUUUGAUAUUUGGCGCUCUGUGUGUUAUCCAAAGUGCGAAAAAAGACAAGGAUUUUCUCAAUGUUCAAGUCUACACUGAGGACAGCCUUGAACACGGCUGCUCCUUAACUCGAGGCGACAGACUUCUUAUUGCACUGCUUGCAGGUGGCGACUAUGAUGGAGGUGUGCCUGGUUGUGGUAUCGGAAUCGCUUACAAGGUGGCGCAGCAUAGCAAAAUCGGCCAGAUGAUGCUCAACUCCUUCCUAUCACUGACGCCAGAUGAAUUCUUGGAGCGUGCCAAGGACCUUGUUGAGGACCUGCGUCUUCUGCUCACUCAGGACCCUCACAAUCUCCUCGAGCGCAAGUACAAGGUAGUCGCGGAUCAUAUUCCACGUGAUUUCCCACAGCAUUCGUUAAUCAGCAAUUAUGUCCAUGCCCUCACGUCUUUUUCAGCAACUGGAAGUGGUACCAUGAUGCUGCGAGAGGAUGUGUUAUGCUGCCAGCCAGAUCUUGCAGGCCUUGCCGAUUUCUGCAGUCAGAAUUUCGGCUGGGAUGAAGACCCAUUAUUGAGAGAAUGUACAGGGGUGUGUGGGAGGGCACAUAUCUGCGCACAUUAUGCAAAGUAA